GCACGACGACAGCCUGUUAGAAGUUGAGACGCGAGUCACGCGAUAGUAGCUAUUUGCAACAACUUGCGGCGGAUGGUUUACUAUGAAUCCUCCUAAGGGACCCGUUGAAACGACAGCUCAAGAGAAGUCGGACUCGGACAGCGAGGAAAGUCAAAAGCCGAGAGAUGUGACCACCGACACAGGACAUAAAGGAAAAAAGACUUACCUCCCGUUCAGUGUUGAAUCCCUGAUGGCCAAAUCCAGCUGCCAGGUCGCGUGUUCUCCGGCUCUCCCACACCAGAGACUGGGACUGGGACAGGAGGACUUAGUAAGGACUUACUUUGUAGAGAAAACCAAAGUUUCUGUGGACAGUUUGUCAAACGUUUCGGACAGCCUAAACGACGAUAGUGAAGAAUUAAGCGAUAAGGAACAGAGAACUUGGUCAAACUCAUCUUUCACAUCUCCUCCUCGUCACCAGAGCCCAACGCCGUGCCCCUUGCGCAAGCACAAGACGAAUCGGAAGCCACGCACGCCCUUCAGCACCUCCCAGCUGCUCUCCCUCGAGCGCAAGUUCAGGCAGAAACAGUACCUCUCUAUCGCCGAACGGGCCGAGUUCUCCAACUCCCUAAACCUCACCGAGACUCAGGUCAAGAUCUGGUUCCAGAACAGGAGGGCGAAGGCCAAGAGACUUCAGGAGGCCGAGCUGGAAAAGUUCAAAUUCGCCUCCAAACCGCUUCUGGCCCCGUUCGCGCUGCCCUUCCCUCUGGGAUCUCCAUCAUCUCUGUACGGACCCCCAGCCUCUUUCCCGCGGCCCGUACCGAUGCCAGGACUAUUUAACGGACCCGUAUCCUAUGGGAUGUAUUAUUUGUCUUAAAAACAUUCAUCUGACGGCUUCCUCCAAUUUGAAAUGAUUUGAGAGACUUGCGCAAAUAUGAACGUUUACACGAAAUUCACAGGGGAAAUUAUUAUAAUAGCGUUGGUAAUUGCACAAAUAAGUGCUGGAUAAUUUUAGCGAACAACAUAGCUACUACUUUUGUAAUUAUUUGGACGAACCGCUUCUAAUUGCUGUAAUUAAUUAUAGUAUCAUCUUGGACUCGGUAAUGUCACAUUUGAACCCAAUUCCCCAAAGCCACAUGAAAUCACGGAAGGAAGCUGCUGUAUAUUGUGUUUUAUUCUUUGUGUUGUAUAGCUACUGACGUGCUCUUGUGGAGCAACUCUUUUAAGAUCUGACACGGAGGUUAUCCGGACCGUCAGAAGAAGUACUUAUUGGCCUUAUGUUGGAAGUGCCUUGAAAAAGACCAAAUAUUUAUUAGUCUAAAAUAAAAAAUAUUCUUUCUUAAAUUUAACCAUUUGCCUUUUGUUUAUAUCGUCGUAUUUCUGGACGUUUAUUAUUUAGC